AUCAUAUCCCGACAACUUCCGCUUUAUUCAACCCUCAGCUGUCGAACAAUCUUCCUCAGCAGUCCAAUCCGCGGACUCACUUUAGCACUAUUAUCCAAUCCGAGCAAAGGAGGCGGGAUUUGUCGGAAUACGGGUUGAUAAAAAAAACUACACAGCUCUGGUCUGCAUGUCAACUAGUUAGCUUGUUAGCACCUUCCCCACCCAGGCGUUCUAUUAUUUCAAAACUUUCUUCAUUUUAUGGGAGAUAUUUUUGCUGUCAGAUUUGAGUUAAAGUGAGAUUUGCUGCGUUUAGUCUACUUGUAUACUAGUUUGUUAUCUGCGGCCGGUUUACUUUUGGAUUAGCUUUUGAUACCAGAGAUAGUUUAGCUGGCUACCUAGCUAGCUAGCGAGAGUAAAGAGAGGCAGUGUAAAUGGGGAACAGCGCUCUCAAAGCUCACCUGGAGACCUCACAAAAAACCGGAGUGUUUCAGUUAAGGGGUAAAAACCUGCAGGAGUUUCCAGAGGAGUUACAGCGGCUCAGUGGGAAUCUGCGCACUGUCGACUUGUCUAACAACAGGAUCGAGACGCUGCCCGCGUUUAUAGGAAACUUCCAGCAGCUGAAGAGUCUGACCAUCAGCAACAACCGUCUGACCAGUCUCCCUGCUGAGAUGGGGAAACUGAGUAAGUUGGAGACGUUGGUGUUAAACGGUAAUCAGCUCGCUCAGCUCCCCACCUCGUUCUCUCAGCUGAAAGCUCUGCGCACGCUCAGUCUCUCGGCCAAUCAGUUCAGGGAAUUUCCCAGCUUCCUCGGCUCCCUGCGUCAUCUCGACGUCCUGGACCUGUCCAAGAACCGCAUACAGGCCGUUCCUGCCGAGGUGUCCGAGCUGCAAGCCAUCGAGAUCAACCUCAACCAGAACCAGAUCUCGGCUCUGUCUCCGGAAGUUUCUCGCUGCCCAAGACUGAAGGUGCUCAGGUUGGAGGAGAACUGUCUGGAACUCUCCUCCAUCCCCUCCACCAUCCUCUCACAGUCCAGUGUGGCUCUGCUGUCCGUCGAGGGAAACCUGUUCGAGGUGAAGAUGCUGCGCGACCUCGACGGAUAUGACCAGUACAUGGAGCGCUUCACGGCAACGAAGAAGAAAUUUGCAUAAAGGACAAAAAAAACAACAAAUAAAUGGGUAACCAGGAGCACGGCAGAAAAGUAGAGAAAAAUAUUUCAAUGAAGGUUAAAACUCCAGUGCUGAGUUCCUGCUGUACGGAAAACUUCAGUGAGGAACCAGGAAACCAGCCUGUGUCUGGAAGCGUAUAACACACUACGGUAUAACCUGAAGGUGUCAUUACGAUUACAACAUACGGUUCUUCUCUUUUACUCUCAUAUUAACAGCAGUGUGAAGACAACGAGUGUUAAAAACUAAAGGCUCCAAUCCUGCACUAACACACUUUAACGUCUUUACACACUCUGAAAUAGAGGUGAUAAAUUCUCAGCUAUCAUUACAUGUCUCUCGCUCUCUCUCUCUCUGCAUGUUUAUUGGUUUACACAGUCCACGUGACACACUUAAAACUCCAAUACUCACGAUAUAAAACCACCACAUAUGUAUUUUGAAAAAGAUAAAUUUCACUGACUGUUAAACCUAAAUGUAUGCAUCAGAAAGUUGCAAAAGUAUACGUACACCUCUUAUUAACGUCUUAUUCAUACUAAUACUGCGUCUUCUCCUACCGUUGAAAGCAUGUGUGUUUACGCUUCACGGUUUACCCCGUCUUCAACAAGCCGCGUGUCAACACUACACUAUACAAUAUAUGCAAAAACAUCCACCGCAAAAAAUAUUGGCGCCCCCUCCCCGUGUCUGGCUCAGACCCCAUUUUUCUUAUUUUGCACACUGUAAAGAAGGACAUCCCGUAAUCUUUUGACUGUGAGAGCGGACAUGACGGUGACCAUGAUGAGAAAAUGAAAAAUCAGCACAGGUCUGAACAGUAAUGUGCUCAAAUGUGUCAUAUGUAAUAUAAAAAAAAUAAUAAAUGCAUAUAUAAAGAAACGGGUUUAAUGAU